AUGGGGCUUAAAUCUUCACCAAUAAUGCGUUGGUUGAUAUUAUUUUUGGCCGCCCUGGCCGCUUUUGACGUAGCCCCAAGCAAUGGAGCUCGAAUUCUGGCCGUUUUUCCCUUCAUUUCAAAGAGCCAUAUGAUCGUGUUGAACGCUCUGACCAAAGAGUUAUCCUCCAGAGGUCAUGAAAUGGUCGUGGUCUCUGCUUUCCCGCAGGAGAAAAAACGGCCAAACUACACCGACAUCGAUAUCAUGCCCGACUUGAAGGAAAUCAUGGAGGAAACCACAGGGAAGAAUCUUUUUUACGCGGGGAAAAUGCCUAUCUAUAAGCAGUCCUUUGUGAUGUGGGGGAAGGGCCUUGGCGCCACGGAAGCGGUGGUCAAAGGGUCGCGCUUCAAACAAUUGCUGAAGGACGAAAGGGGUUUCGACCUGGUCAUCACCGAGGUUUUCAUGAACGAGGCCAUCUACGGGCUUGCCUACCACUUUCAGGCUCCAUUGGUUUUGGUGUGUCCCUUUGGCGGAUUCCACUGGCACAAUUACGCGUCGGGUAACCCAGUUCCUUUAUCAUAUUACCCCAACCCUUUGCUCGAGUACACGCACAAAAUGACCUUCACUCAGCGCCUAUCCAACUUUUUAUUCACAAAGACGUGGGACCUCGGACAUUACUUUUACUACCUGCCGCGCCAGGAAGCUCUAAGUAAAAAGGUGUUUGGCCUAGACACCCCGAGCGUUCAAGAGUUGGAGGCGUCGGCCUCAGUGGUACUUGUGAACCAGCACUUCACCCUCAACUACCCACGACCUUUGAUGCCCAACAUAAUCGAGGUUGGAGGGAUGCACGUUUCGAGGGAGGUCAAACCACUCGCAAAGGAAUUCAAGGACUUCCUGGACGGGGCCAAAGAGGGCGCGAUUUAUUUUUCCAUGGGCAGCAAUUUGAAGAGCGAACUUAUGGGAGAUGAUCGGAUUAAGGCGUUUGUGCAAGCUUUUGCCGAACUACCGCAAAAGGUUCUGUGGAAGUGGCAGUCGGACAGUGUGCCAGGGCAAUCUAAAAAUGUUAAAGUGGCAGCUUGGAUGCCACAGCAGGAAAUUCUCGCUCAUCCAAAUGUGAAGGUUUUUGUAACCCACGGUGGUUUGCUGAGCGCCCAGGAAGCUGCCUUCCAUGGAGUCACUCUAGUGGGAAUUCCUGUUUUUGGUGAUCAAAAGCUGAACAUGCGGAAGGCCCAACUUGGUGGUUUUGGAAUUUACAUAGAUUUUAAUAAUGUUACAAAGGAAUCCAUCCAAUGGGCCCUCAACGAAGCCCUCCACAAUCCAAAAAUUACAGAGGCUUCAAGAUUGAGAUCUGCGCAAUAUCGGGACCAGCCGGAGUCACCCUUGGACAGGGCCAUCUUUUGGACUGAAUACGCUCUGCGACACAAGGGUGCUAAGCACCUUAGGUCGGCAGCAGCAGACCUCUGCUGGUUCCAGCUCAAUUUGUGGGACGUUUACUUUACUUUGUUGGCACCUGUUAUAUUAUCACUUUUGCUGUGCAAAAAGUGCUGCUGUGGAAGAAAAGAAUCAGCAAUAGCUGACAAAAAGGGAGAUAAAGCAGAUGGCAGCAAAAAGAAAAAGCAGUAGGUCUAAUAUGUAUUUUAAAUUUUCUUUUUCUACAAUAUUAAUUAUGUAGUGCCUUGAUACCAGUCGUGAAGUAUGGUUUUUAUGUGUAUUAAAAAAUGUCCGUUUUUACUA